AGCGCGCGCUGGUAGAGCAGAGCAUCCACCUGAACCACAGCCCUCCGCUACUACUGCUGCUGCUGCUGCUGCAGGGCUGCACUCAGAGCGCGCGCUCGCUCGUGCCGAAGGUGAUUUUUAUGUGACAGGUGACAUCAUCGGAUCAGAGCUCGGGAGAGCGUGAGGGGCGCGCGCACAAUGGCUUUAAAGCGGAUCUAUAAGGAGCUGAACGAUUUUGCCAGAGACCCUCCAGCUCAGUGCUCGGCCGGUCCUGUAGGAGAUGACAUGUUUCACUGGCAGGCGACUAUUAUGGGUCCUAACGACAGUCCCUACCAGAGCGGCGUGUUCUUCUUGACCAUUCACUUCCCUACUGACUACCCCUUCAAACCACCAAAGGUCGCAUUUACCACCCGUAUUUACCACCCAAACAUCAACAGUAAUGGCAGUAUCUGCUUGGACAUCCUGAGGUCGCAGUGGUCGCCAGCUCUUACCAUAUCCAAAGUGCUUCUGUCCAUCUGCUCCCUCCUGUGUGACCCCAACCCAGAUGACCCUCUAGUGCCUGAGAUCGCCCGCAUCUACAAAGCAGACCGUGACAAGUACAACAGAAUAGCCAGAGAGUGGGCGCAAAAAUACGCCAUGUAGUUUUGGAGCAGGACGACACAGAAAAACCCUCUCUUCUCCUGGAAGAGCAACAUACUGAAGGAAAAGAUGGAAAAGGCGCAUUUCACUGGUUUCCAUUGGGCUGGUUUUAUAUGAGCUGCUCCUUCUAUAACCCCAAUUAAAAAAAAAAAAAAAGUUAGGACACUGUGUAAAAUGUAAAUAAAUGUAAAAAAAAAAAAAAAAAAAAAAAAAACAGAAUACAGUGAUUUGCACGUCUCAUAGUCCCAUAUUUUAUUCACAAUAGAACAAAUAUCAGAAAGUGAGACAUUUUAAUGUGUUAACACACACAAUUUGUCUGGAAACUUUCAUUUUACCACAUUUGUCCCAAACUUGCUCCCAUACUUGGUGAUUUCAGCGGUUUUAUUUGAUGAUGGAAACACAAAAGGUAAAUGACUUUUUAUUUCUGCAAAAAUAUAGAUUAAAUCUCAUAAACAACUGACAAUGUUUCUCCCCCCUCCUAUUCUCAUUCUUCUUAUUCAUGUAUCUCUCUCACAGACUCAGCUGCUCCUGUAAAGCAUAAGUUUAUAGUUUAUCAUGAUUUUCAUCACAGAAUGUUGACAUAAAUAAUGUGAUUUUAUUUUUUUUUCAUCUGAGACCACUCAGUUUACUUUUUCAUGAAAUGCAUUAAACAUAUAAUGGCAGCAACAUAUCUCAAAAGUUGGAACAGGGCAAUAAAAGGCUGGCAGUGAUUAAAACAGUUGAGGAGCAAUUUGAUUUGGUAUAAAAAGAGCAUUUUAGAGAGAAAGAGAGCCCUAUUUUAGUAAUUGAUAGAUGAGCCGUCAACUGCACGGCUUGAUUUAUAGAGUCUCAGUGUGUCUUUGCUAUCAUAACAACGGGAAAAGUAUGCCUUGUGUGGCUCGAAACAUGCAAAGGCAUAUACUAAUUCUCUUAAUUUAUCAUGGGUGUGUUUUGGGCAUAAUGUGAAAUAAAUGUGAAAAAAAAACAAUCAUCAUUUCACUUGCCAUUCUCUUUAAGAGUCAGGUGUGCUUUUACUUUGGCGGAUUGUCUGUUGAUGGUUGACUGUUUCAGUCAGUGGUGCACCUGUAUUAUUCGUUGCCAUCAUAGCAAUACACCCGAAAUUUAACAAUGGCAGACAUGGCUUUGUCACUGUUCUUUUGACAUGUGUUGCUGCCAUCAGGUUGUAAAUAAGUAAAUCUGUUCUAUGUUCUAUUGGGAAUAAAAUGUGGGUCUGUGAGAUUUGCCAAUCAUAAGAAAUCAUUGCAUUCUGGUUUUAUUUGAAUGUUUUUACAUUUUACACAAUGUUUCAGCUCUUUUUGGAAUUGGGGUUGUACUACUUUGCACUCGGCAUCCAUUCCAGGUUCAUCCAUUCCUUCUUUUUUUUAGUUGUCAUUUAGUACAUACUGUAUUCUUGAAUGUUGUGGGAGAUAUUUUUUUAACUCUUAAUGGUUCUGCAGCUGAAGUAGAAACCUCAGAUCAUUUGCACCUGCGAACUGCGUGAAUUUGGAGCAAUUCAGAUGGGACUGGACUGAUGAGAUUUCUGACUUUUGGUUUCCUAUUUAUGAAUUGUUGAGGUAAAAACCGUUUGUUUGUUUUGUUAUUUUUUUCUAUUCCCUCCACCUACAUCACUUAAUCAAGAAACACCAGUUUAUGUGAUAAACCUGUUGAAACCAUUUAGUUCCAUCUAUCAAUUAUGUCCCCCAACGUUGGAGUGAAUGAGUUAUCGAUAUCCACUGUAUAACCUGAGGUACUGAUAGUAUGGGCUUAUGUAUGGGUGUGUGUAAUAAAAUGAUUGUAAUUAUGUUUUAUUAUGUACAUUAAUUUAAAUGAUUAAACUGCUUGGGUCUUCAUAUCAGUUUUUCACUUAUAAAACUUUACUAUUACAUAUCAGAAAAGUUGAGACAAUAUGGAACAAUAGGAAGUAAGCAUUGUUUCUUCCAUUUACCUUGACUUUCAUUUGAGUGAAGACAGUAUAAACUCAAUAUAUUUUAUGCUUUGCAUGAUCAGUUUUAUAUUAUUUGUUAAUUUACAUCCAGAUCUGCAUUUUAGACCUUUUGGGACAAAUUUGGGACAGUAUUUUUCCAUUCCACAUGUUGCCAGGCACUGAAGAUAUCAAAUGAUUAAAUAUUUCAAGUGUU